AUGGUUAACGAGAAUUUGGUUGCAAAGAAUAUAAACACCGCAACCGCCACAACGAAGGAAGCUGCUGCCACUUCAAACGGGAUUAAACAAGACCCUGCUGGCAAUUCCAUGCCGAUCGCAACUCCUACAAAGGAGAUCAAACCAGUUUCUAUCUUAAAUAAGAAACCACAACCUCAAUCAUCCACUAACGAUGCCAUUUCUCCACAGAUCAAUCAUAAUAUAACGUCAACGACAAUAAUAGAAAAUAAGACUAAAAUUAAAGAAGUUCGAAUAGAUACUACACCUACUGAGCUUCCCGCUUCAACUAUCCGAGUAGUUUCUCCAACAGUGACUGUGCUCGGUGAGGUUAGUAAUAAUAUGGAUAGGAGAACUGUAUCAAAUACUAGCACGGCUACAGCCGUUUCCUUCAGCACAAGUACGGAAACCGAGAAGACACAACAUCAUCGAUAUUCCAUUUCUAAUAAACCUGCCAGUAAGAGUUCCUCCGUGACGACAUCACCCAAUCAAUCACAUGAGAAUUUAAACUCAUCGUUACCUAAGACUAAAGCAUCACCAGAUGGUAGUGGUAGCGGUGAGUCUAGUACGACAUUAGAGGAGAAAAAUUCUAUUGUUCAUAUGCCUGGUGAUUUCAUUUAUUUUGAUACUAAGGAUGAGCCAGUUGCUGCUGUUCCCAAGACGACAACGACGAACCCAAAGGAAGUUGUGGGUACCCCCACUGGACCUCGAAUUCCCUUUUAUGAAUUUUUCCAAAGGGAGGAUGAUAAGAAAUUCCAUAUUUUAAUUGGUGCUACUGGUUCCGUUGCCACUAUAAAAGUUCCCCUCAUUAUAGAUAAAUUAUUCAAGAUAUAUACUCCAGAGAGAGUUUCCAUUCAAUUAAUCAUUACUAAACCUGCUGAACAUUUCCUUAAGGGACUAAAGAUAUCAUCGCAUGUCAAGAUAUGGAGAGAGGAGGAUGUUUGGUUUGAAUAUAAGAAAAAUGCUGGUAAUGAACCUAUCUUGCAUCAUGAAUUGAGGAAAUGGGCAGAUAUAUUAUUAAUUGCACCUUUGAGUGCCAAUACGUUAGCUAAAUUGGCUAAUGGUAUUUGUAAUAAUCUGUUGACUAGUGUAGUUAGAGAUUGGACUCCAACGACGCCGAUUAUGGUGGCUCCUGCAAUGAAUACCUUUAUGUAUAUUAAUCCCAUGACGAAGAAACAUUUGACGAUAUUACAGGAUGAAUGUUCCUAUGUGACGAUUUUGAAACCUGUGGAGAAAGUAUUGAUUUGUGGUGACAUUGGUAUGGGUGGUAUGAGAGAAUGGACAGAUAUUGUUGAAUGUGUGAGGCGAAAGAUUAGUGAGAUUAAGAAGAAUAAAGAGAUUGCAGCUGCUAAAUUGCAAGAGGAGAAACUCAGCGAUACGACGGACAUCAAUGUUGUCAGAUCUGAUCAAACAGAGGAAGAAGAUGAUGACGAGGAUGAUGACGACGACGAGGAUGAGGAUGAAGAAAUAAAUAAUGAUACAGCAUCGGAUGAUAGUGGAGUCAGUGAUGAUGAUGAUGAAGACGAAGAUGAGGAUGAAAUCGAAGGAAAUUAA